AGUAACAGUGUGGCUGCCAGGACGGAUUGGUCACUCCUGCUGACUGCAGUUGAUAUACGCUCGUAUUUCUUGUGACAUAUUUCUACUAGUAGUGUCUCUUACUGUGAUCUGUUAAGAAAAUGAAUAUUAUACCGAGUCGUGAAGUAUUUAUUGUGUAUACAGGUGUUCCUUUUUACUUAACUGAGGGCGUUAAAUGACUCAUAUGGGUUUACCUGUUUUUGAUAUAAUAAAGAAUCUACAGGGAAAGAAAGACACUGGACUGUCCUACUAGUGAAUAAGGUAAAUUAUAAGAAACCAAUAACAUGAGUGUAGAAAUAUAAUAAGAACAAGGAGAUAUAUACCAGUGUUUAAAGUGCAGAAGAAAUACAAAUAUAAAAGAGGAGGAGAAGGAGGAAUCCAGCAGUAACCGAGAAUGUGUAUAGAUAACUAAGGCAAACUAUUGAAUAAUAAAAAAAACUAAUAAUAAUAAAUCGUAACUGUGUCAAGUGACUGAAAUUUUAAGAGAAGAAAAUACUGAAGGAAAAAGAUAUCAACAAGAUGUCGAUGGAGUUGGGAGACAGCAACAAUCUUCUGUCUGGUGGUGUUGUGUGUAGGAGCGGCCGUAUGAGUGUAUUCUGGCAGUCACGGACGGACUUCGAGAGGAAAUUGCUUGUGGUGCUGGUUGUGAUGUCCGUGGCCUUGGUAGCGUUAACCAUCGCACUUGCUGUUGUGGUCUCCCAGGACACGGUCGCCAAGAAGUCAUCAAGGACGCCCACAUUCUCUUUUCUGGCUCCGUUGGACUUGAAGAUGCUACAUCACGCCCAUACGCCCACAUGGGAAAGUGACCACGUCCACACGCCCACCUCGGAGAGUGAAAACUACACCCGUACGCCCACUCCAAAAAGUAAACACCACGCCCGCACACCCUCUUUGGGAAGUGAACACCACGCCCGCACGCCCUCUCCGGAAAGUGAACACCAUACCACCGCAUCCACUGCGGAAAAUGAACACCACACCCAUCCGCCCACUGCAGAAAGUGAAUACCACACCCGAACACCCACUCAGGAAAGUGAACAUCACGCCCACACACCCACUCGGGAAAGUGUACACGACUCCCACUCCGAAAAGUGACCACGCCACAUCUCCCUAGCCAGCACCACGCCCACCCGCCCAGUCCUAGAAGUAUCCUCCCUGGAUGAACGCCCACACUGGAAUAAGAACACAACAAAAUAACAGUUAUCCGCUAGGCUGGUAAAGGGCUCUUGAUCCAGAGAAUGAGAGCUACCUUAAGAUCAAACCUAAUUACCACCCAGCCUUCCAGCGUUGUAGCACCCUACGGGUUUAGCGCUUCCACAUGAAAACACACACACACACACACACACACACGCACACACACACACACACACACGCCCUAGUAGCGACCAGCGAAGAGGUGGGGGCCAGGAGCUGUCAAUCGACCCCUGCAACCACAAAUAGUUGAGUACAAAUAGAUAUCUAGUUGAGUACACUCACACACUCAGUUUUUUUCACUCAUCAAUUCUUCUGUCAGAUCAGUACUUCUGAACAUUGUAAGUGGACCGGGCCGCGGGGGCGUUGAUCCCCGGAAUACCCUCCAGGAGGGGGUCGAAAUAUACAGAUCAAUUAGU